AUGGAAGAUCAGUUUUUCUCUGAGGGAGAGGGAAUUGGGUAUUGGACACCUCCUGGCGCUCAAUUCGAUGGACCAAGCAUGAUAGACAACGGAAUAAAAAAUCUGAAAAUUCCCGGUGAAAAAACUGUACUAUGCAUUGAAGAAUCAGCUUGCUAUAUAAAUGAUAUUGUGGUAGGAGGAUUUGUUCGUGCAUGUGUUAAACAUUAUCUCGAGGAAGGGCAAGGUGUAGCUGGGAAAGCGCUUCAAUCAAAUCGUCCAUUCUUCUAUUCCGAUGUGAAGGCCUAUAAUAUUAGUGAAUAUCCCAUUGUUCACCAUGCGCGAAAAUAUAAGUUGAAUGCUGCCGUUGCAGUCAGGCUAAGGAGUAUUCAUACCAAUGAUGAUGAUUACAUAAUAGAAUUCUUUCUACCUGUCAUUAUGAAUGGAAGUCAAGAACAGCAACUUUUAUUAGACAAUCUAUCAGAUACUAUGCAGAGAAUGUGUCAGAGUUUGAGGAUAGUUUCAGAUGAUGAAUUAUACGGGAUAGAAGGUUCGCAAGUGCAGUUUUCAAAGGAAGAAGGCUCGAGUUUUUUCUCUAUGUAUAGGGGAAAUUCUCAUAUGGCGCCGGAAGGUGACCAUGAUUCGGUCCAGCCUAUGUCCUUGACAAACAAUGAAACUGAAGCUGCUCAUAACCAGGCAAUGGAUGGAUCAAGAAAGCAGACUGAGAAAAAGAAAAGUACAGUGGAGAAGAAUGUUAGCUUGAGUGUUCUCCAGCAAUAUUUCUCCGGUAGUCUUAAAGAUGCGGCUAAAAGCCUUGGUGUUUGCCCAACAACCCUGAAAAGGAUAUGCAGGCAACACGGAAUCGCAAGAUGGCCAUCGCGCAAGAUCAAUAAAGUUAAUCGUUCGUUAAAAAAAAUACAAACCGUGCUUGACUCAGUCCAGGGUGUGGAAGGAGGACUGAAGUUUGAUCCUUUCAAGGGGGGAUUUAUUCCAGGAGGAUCAAGCAACCAAGAAAUUAAUGCACAUAAAAGUUCUCUCUUCCGGAAGAAAUGUUCUGGAAAAUAUCCUGAUCCCGCAGCAAAAGAUGCAGUCACCGUAUCUCCGGCAUCUGGUAGCAAAGAUUCAAAACCAAUAGGCAUGGAUGAUGGUGGAUUACGGCAGGAACCCUUUCCGGUUUCUAUUUUGGAAAGUUCUAGGUGUGAUAUAGCAUAUCACAGUCCAAACACCUUGGUUGCCAAUGAGAUGGAAAAUUAUCUGAAUGGGGCUGACAAGCUCGGCGAGCAUCACAAUCCCGCUACUUCAAGCAUGUCAGACUCGUCAAAUGAUUCUAAAUCUAUAAUCACAAUCACAAUUACAAAUAAAUAA